AUGAUCCUGAGACCUGUAAAGAUCCGUGCAGCGAAGUGUGCCGAUGACUGUUACUUUACGACUGAUGAUAGAGUAAUACAACGGGAAUGCGUUUCGAACUGUUAUUCGAUGGCAUAUUCUGGGAAAAAAAAGCUUACAUAUCCAAAACAGAUACUAGAUCAUAGUAAAUAUAUACAACAACGAUCCAGCUACAGUAUAAACCAUCUCAAGAUUGGUCAUGGUGUCGUGCAUCUUAUUAUUUUGAUUUUGGUAACAUUACGUGAAGAGUCGAACUUCAUUACAGUCCCACCCUUUUUCACUUCAGAAAAAACCAAAAACAUUAGGAACAUAAAGGAAGUUCGUCUUAUUACUAGAACUAUUUUUAAAAACAGCAAGAAUUAA